UAAUAAAAAACAUUAAAAAAAAUUGUUUAAUUCUGAAUUCUGCUAAUCUGCUACAUAUUUAUUUAUCUAUGGUUUAAUUACUUUUAGGCAAAAUUAGAAUAAGAUUAGAUUGGAUUAGAUCCAACAAAUGUGUUUAAUACUUAUUGUUCCAAGAUCUUGUAAUUAGUUGUAUGACAGAUUUUGCGUUUUAAAAAACAUAGGUACUAUGUCAUUUCUCAUGCUAAACCUGUGCUAAACAGAUUCUCAAUAAAAUUAACCUUUCGUCAUUGUGAAUUGAUUUCACUAAUUGCUUGUGAUUAGUUAGCUGAAAAUAUAACCGCAGAUAUUAUAAAUAUGGCGAAAGAAGAGGAUGAUGACAAUUUGCCUGAUAAAGAUGCGGCGAAAGAAUUUUACGCAAAAUAUGAACCCAAAGAAAUCAUAGGCAGAGGCAUUAGCUCUACAGUCAGAAGGUGCAUAGAAAAAGAAACAGGUCAUGAGUAUGCUGCCAAGAUAAUAGAUCUCAGUCAGGAGUCUCAGGAUGGUGUUGAUACACAAACAAUGAGGGAUGCCACACGCCAGGAGAUCUAUAUCCUCAGGAUGGUGGCUGGUCAUCCAUACAUUAUCGAACUGCAAGAUGUAUUUGAGUCGGAGACAUUCAUCUUCUUGGUGUUUGAGCUGUGCAAGAAUGGCGAACUAUUCGACUACCUCACGUCCGUCGUCACUCUAUCCGAAAAGAAGACUAGAUAUAUUAUGAGGCAAGUGCUCGAAGGCGUUCGCUACAUACACAGUAAGAACAUAGUCCACCGCGAUCUAAAACCCGAGAAUAUUCUGUUGGACGAUCAGCUCAAUGUAAAGAUCACGGACUUUGGUUUUGCCAAGGUGCUGAAGGACGGAGAAAAACUUUUCGAGCUGUGCGGAACACCAGGCUACCUCGCGCCAGAAACAUUGAAAGCGAAUAUGUUCGAGGAUGCGCCCGGCUAUGGAAUGGAAGUUGACAUUUGGGCGUGUGGAGUCAUCAUGUUCACUUUAUUGGUAGGUUGUCCACCAUUUUGGCACCGAAAGCAGAUGGUGAUGUUAAGAAACAUUAUGGAGGGGAAAUACUCCUUCACUAGCCCCGAGUGGACGGAUAUCUCAGAGGAUCCUAAAGACCUCAUUAGAAGGCUGCUGGUGGUAGAGCCUAGCGAGCGAAUUGAUUUACGCGAAGCUUUAAUGCAUCCCUUUUUCAACACUAUGUUGUGGGACCAGGACAUGAUGCCGCUCAAGAAAUCGCUGUCCGGAACCAGCCGAAGGAUGUCCAGGAUUGACCAAUUGUCUAUGGCCAUUAAGAGCGGUGGGUUCUCCGCGCGCGGGCGGCUGCGCGUGGCGCUGCUGGCCGUGCGCGGCGCCGUGCGGCUGCGGCGCCUCCCGCACACCGCCGCGCGCGCCAUGCCGCUCGCCGACGCGCUGCGCGACCCCUACACCAUGCGCGCGCUCCGCAAGGUUAUCGAUGGCUGCGCAUUUCGAGUAUAUGGUCACUGGGUUAAGAAAGGGGAAGGACAAAACCGCGCUGCACUGUUUGAAAAUACGCCGAAGACCGAGCUAAAGAGCCUUUAUGUCAGCAACUUGAGCCGAUAGCUGUGGCGGUGCUGCUUCUGGGUGCUUUGUAAUUAACUCCUGGACUUUUGGAGUGCAUGUGUACCAGGGUUGCAUGAUCACUGAAGAAGUCGAGCUUCGGCCCCGCGAUGACUCCGACUCGUAGCCCAUAUCCUGUGUGAUGUAGGUUAGUUUUAAUAAGAUGAUGUCUAAACUUUCGAACCCUAGUUAUUGAAUUACUAAUAAUUGAAUUUGCACGAGUCUAGAACAGUAUGUAACGCGCUCGAACGCGUGUCUACGAGACUUUCGUCGUAGUAGUGUCAACGUUACGUUGUUGAUAACGUAAACUAGUUUUGUUUGUUUGUUAAAGGUUAAAACAUUGUUGCCACUGAAAGGUACAAAACCUGGUUGGCGAUAACACCUGUCAAAACUGUUUGUUAAUUGUAUUUGUGUGAUCAUAGAACAAUUAAAUGUAGUUUAAGUUGUUAUUUGUUUUCUUUAUAUUUAAGGUACACACUUAGUGAAUUGUGUUUAGUAUUAUGUAUUGUAAUUUGCCGGUUUCCUUCUCUAUUAAUUGCAGUAAUUUUAUUUAUUAUCUGCAUUCAUAUUUAUUAGAUCUGGUCAUUAGUCAUAUUAUAAUUCCUUUAUAUUAUGUAUUACCGAAGAGAGAAGCAACGCCGGUAUUCUAAACAGCUAUGUAUAUAUAGAUAGCAAAACAAUUGUAUACCAGUAUAUCUUUUUUCCUUUUAUACAAAAUUCACUUAAUAAAUGACAUUAUGUAUGUUGUGUUAGUUAAUAUUUUUAUUUAUUUUUUUAUAAUUUUUAUGAUAUAAAUAUGUAGCAACAUAAUAUAAAUUAUUUGUAUCUAGUUAUAUUUAUUACUCAAACUACCAUUGCGAGAUCAAACUUCUUUAGGCUCGAAAAUUUAGGGAAUGAUCAUCAAAUUACGUUUCUCGUAAAAGUAAUAAAUUUUUGUGAAGUUUAGUUUAUUGGUUUCUAAGUAGGAAAAAAUACCGAAAAUAAAAUAAGAACUUAUUUUUAACGUUAAGAAAAGACAGAUAUUCUUUUUAGGACUGGUAUGAUUUUGCAGUGUUUGCUGGCAAUCAUAAAUUAUGCAAAGUAUAUAAACAAAUCACCAUUGUUUUAAAAAAAAUACAAUCUUACAAGAAAAUAAAAAACUAUAAUAAAGAUAAAAAUACUUUAGUGAUCACUCAAAAGAUUAAAAUAGUAUAGUAGAACAUACCUUGCUUCUCUUAAGGCAUGCAAUAUAUAUCAGCCAAGAAGAGGCAUAAAUGUUACGAUGACAUCAGUAAUUCUCACUUCUGUUUAAAAUAUUCAAAUCGCUAGGUAAACUUUUUAUUUAAUAAACCAAAUUAAAUUAAUAAAUGAGUAUUUUUUCCUCUGAACAUGCACAUUUUUCUUAAUUAAUAGGUAAAUUAGAUUAAAAGUAUAGGAGUAUUUUAAUUAAUCAUUUGAUUUUUCAUUUACAGUACUAUCUCGCUAAUCCGCUAUCACAAAAUUAAGAUCAAAAAAAUAUGUAUGAUAGGACACAGCAUAGUGAACUUCACAUAUAUGAAUGACAGAUUAGCUGAUUGAAAAUUUAAAGUGACGGUGGAUUAUAUAUACUCGAAUGACGGCGGAUAAACAAGACAGUACAGUAAUUUUAUUAAAGUAGUCCGUGUAACUAACGUCUGGUGCAAUUUUGCAAAUUUAGUUAUUUACCUUUUUAUGUACGUAAGUACAAUCUUGUUUAUAGUCUAACCAGAAAAAUAAAUACAAAUUAAUAACUAAUCAAGUUAAAAUAUUUUCAAAUUAUUUAACGAAAAGUAUAGUCAUACCAAUAUGAAUUGGUCUACAGGUAUUUUUGGUCGUCGUAAUAUAAGACCUCUCCAAUAGAACGGACAUUGUGUCGUUCUAUUGUCGUCGACACAAAUAAAUAGUUAAUAUUUCCCACUACACUCAAUAUGCAUCAAGUUCACUAUAAUAUUAAACACUUAAAUAUGGUCGGAAUAUAAUCUAAUUCUAUCGAUUUUAUUAACCUCAAAUAAAUCACAAUGUUUUAUAUCAUUUUCUUUUCUUUGUUCAAGCUUUAAAAUAAAUCAUAGAGAAAUCAGUUGGGUUUUUCUUUUGUUAAAGUUAAUACACACGUCAAUAAAAGUUUUGAUAAUCAGUCAUAUGAAAUAAAAUUGUGAUAUUAAAAGAGCUAACUUGUAUAACAAAAAAAGAAAUGAAAUAACUACGUAAAUAAACAUUUAUAAUUUUACAACUCACGUGACAAUUUUUUGUCCGCUACGACGACCAGUUGCGAGUAUACUUCAGAUAUCGCGCUAUAACAACUGACAAUUCAAGUAAUAUUUACUACGUACUAGAACAAACACCGCGAACAAAAUGAGCGCGUGCUCAGAGGCACAGAGUACGUUCUUAUGGCACGGAGCACGGACUAAGUGAGUUUGAGACCAUGGGCUCUAAUGCGUGUUACAAACAACCAAGCCUCUGCGCCUCUUCUAGUACGUAGUACAUAUUACUUCAAUGCGUUAUUACUAAUUUUUAUAGUAUCACCAUCAGUGUCCCUUUCUUGUCAACGUUUACUAAUAGACACCAAAGAAAAAGUUCUUAUAAAAACUUAUUUUGGGUCACAUCUAUGGUGAUAUAUUAAAUUGAAGUUUUAACAAAACGUGUUUCAUUAUUAGUGUAUAAAAUUGGAUGCUAAGAUGUUUGUGUAAUAAUUUAUUUUCGAGCAAAUGAAACUGUUUGUGCUGCCUAAGUUAAAAAUAUGUUUGUAUACACUGUAGUUCUAUUUUUUAUCUUCCACACAAUAAGAAAAGGCUUAAUAUAUUGAAUUCUUUUUAAUUGGCUCUGUCAUUCAAACAAACUAUGUUAUACUCUUUGUAAUUUUACUUAUAAUUGGCAAUAGAAAUCCUCUUGUGCCAUAUAUAUUAUUAAUAUUCGCUUUUAAAAUGCGAUUACACAUCUAAAUUAUUAUAUGUAAAUCAAAAAGUCUCACAGUAAUAAUUACAUUUUUCUGUAUUUAUAUAAAUUAUAAUUAUCAACAAUAUAUUUUGUAUAUGAUUUUAUUGCGCAUUGUAAACUAUUUAUACAAGGAAAACGUUACAAAUAUUUAAUAGCAAUAAUUUAAUCGAAUAAUAAAUGCCUUAAACUUC